CAGUUGCUCACGGUCUCCCUGUGUAUAAAUAAACGGGCUUGAGCUUAGUCAGAGCACACAAGUUCUGAAACUCACACGUCUGAAGACUGAAUAGUUCCAAACAGCUGGACAUUUCUGGAAUGAUAAAGAAGGUGAUUUGCCUGGUCUUGCUUGGAAGCUUGAUCUUUUCCUGCAAUGGAAGUGCUCCAGUGGAUCCCUGCUGCUCGGAGCCUUGUCAGAACAGGGGUUUAUGUGUAUCUAAAGGUUUAGAUGCCUAUGAGUGUGACUGCACAAGAACUGGAUACUACGGAGAGAACUGCACUACACCGGAACUUUCCACUUGGAUCAGGUCCAUUGUGAAACCAAAACCAAACACAGUACAUUACCUGCUGACACACUUUCAAUGGAUAUGGGACAUCAUUAAUAACAUCUCAUUUCUGAGGAACGCUUUGAUGCGCUAUGUCCUCACAUCGAGGGCAAAUUUGGUGGACAGUCCCCCAACUUACAAUGCUGAUUAUCACUACAAAAGUUGGGAAGCAUACUCCAACCUAUCCUACUACACUCGUACAUUGCCCCCAUUGCCCAAACACUGUCUGUCAAUGGGCGCCACAUCUCUUCCUGACGUUAAACAGGUGGUGCAAAAGGUCCUCCUGAGACAGAAGUUCAUUCCAGACCCACAGGGUACCAGCCUGAUGUUUGCAUUUUUUGCUCAGCAUUUUACUCAUCAGUUCUUCAAGUCUGACUUCAAGAAAGGACCGGCUUUCACCAAAUCUCUGGGUCACGGAGUUGAUUUAAGUCACAUCUAUGGAGACACUCUGGAGAAACAGCACAAACUGAGACUUUUCAAAGAUGGAAAGUUGAAAUAUCAGGUUCUGGACGGGGAGGUGUACCCCCCUCUGGUUAAAGACAUUCAGGUCGAGAUGCACUACCCACCUCACAUUCGUGAGGAGUUCCGAUUCGCAGUGGGCCAUGAAGCGUUCGGCCUGGUCCCAGGCCUGAUGAUGUAUGCCACUAUCUGGCUCAGAGAGCACAACCGGGUGUGUGACAUCCUGAAGCAGGAGCAUCCCACCUGGGACGAUGAGCGUCUUUUUCAAACUGCACGCCUUAUACUGAUCGGUGAGACCAUCAAAAUCGUAAUUGAGGACUAUGUUCAGCACCUGAGCGGCUACAACCUCAAGCUUAAAUUUGACCCCGAGCUCCUCUUCGGCGAGAGUUUCCAGUACCAGAACCGCAUUGCAUCUGAGUUCAACACGCUGUACCACUGGCACCCGCUCAUGCCCGACACCUUUCAAAUCCAGGACCAGUUCUUUACACACUCCCAGUUUCUCUUCAACAACUCCAUAGUGGCACAGUAUGGGAUCGGCAACCUGGUGGAGUCUUUCAGCAAACAGCAAGCUGGCAGGAUCUCUGGUGGAAGGAAUCUGCCUGCUGGAGUGCAGGUAAUGGCUACUAAAAUCCUGGAGCACAGCAGAGAGACACGCUAUCAGUCCUUUAAUGCUUACAGGAAGCGUUUUAACAUGGAGCCAUACACUUCUUUUGAAGAACUGACAGGAGAUAAAGAACUUGCAUCAGAUCUGAAGAGUCUGUAUGGAGAUGUGAACUCCGUUGAGCUCUACACUGGUCUUUUGGUGGAAAAACCAAGACACAAUGCUGUAUUUGGAGAGACCAUGGUCGAGAUGGGUGCCCCCUUUUCCCUCAAAGGGCUUUUGGGAAAUCCCAUCUGCUCCCCUCAGUACUGGAUGCCCAGUACGUUUGGGGGUAAAGUAGGAUUUGACAUUGUAAACACUGCCUCUCUGAGGAAGCUUGUGUGCCUCAAUGUUAAAGGACCAUGCCCUUUCGUGUCCUUUAAAGUGCCUGAGGACAAAGUGUACAAUUUAGCAGAUAUUAGCUUGAAUUCAACUGCUUCACAAGAAGGUGACGUCAAUCCCACUGUCUUACUGAAAGAACGGACUUCAGAGCUUUAACAAACAACAAGUGCACUAUUUACAAUUUAUUACAGAAGUAUUGUUAAAUUGUUUUUAGUUGUUUGUUAUUUAUUAUAUUAUUUAUUUAAAUGUCAAAUAAGGUUCAUGGGGGCCUAGUGUCAUUGACCUAUUCCAGGGAACAAGACACGUAAAUGGCUGUGAUGAGUCAAAUCCCUAUGCUAUUUAUUUAAAUAUUUAUUUAUUAACAUGCUUUAUUAUGUUUUUUAAUAUUUGGGAAAGGUAAGGUGUACAGGACAGUGGUGAGACCAAAAAGAAGAAUGAACAUUUUGUAUUGUUUUUAAUAAAAGUCUUGU